AUUGUAAGUAGUGUAAAUAGUCUUGACUAAAGUGUUACAAUUGACUAACAACAUCAAUGCAGAAUAGCAAUAGCAGAAGAAUAAGAAAUUAACCAAUAACGCAAUACGUGUCAAAUAGUGAAUAUAAAAUUUAAAAAUAUUUUUUAAUUCUUAAUGUCUAAGAGGUCAAAAUUUGGUUUAUUUUUAUUAAUAGGCAUGAUCUUUUACGAAAUAUGAAAUUAGAGAUGGUUACUCAAAUUUACAUAUUACUAUUAAUAUGCUCAAUUAAGGGUUCCGUUCAAUUGAGUCGGGAACCUAAAGAUGAAUCGCUCCAUAAAGUAACUAAAAAGGAAUUUAUAAAUAAUCCAGAUGAUAAAAUACCACAUUUAAUUGUUCAUAAAGAAACUGUUAAAUUGGACACCAAUACUACCAAUAGCACAAAACCACCAUCAAAAGGCAAAGUAAGCGGGAAUGUUAAAGUCACAGAAAAUGAUUCACCACAAAUUGAAUCUGGUACUGUGAUUAGAGGAGUUCUAGUUUUUGUUGGAAUUAGUAUGAUUUUUAUUCUUUAUUUAGGAUGUAAAACCUACAGAAAAAGAAAUUUGAAUGUUAUAGUUAGGAAAUAUGGAGUGAGAACUAGAAGGUCUGAUGUUGAAAUGAGGCCACUCCCAUUAGAUGAUGAUGAUGAAGAUGAGACUGUUUUUGAUGUAGGAAAUUUAAAUAAGUCCUAGCAUUGAGUGCUAAUUUUUACAAAAUAAGUAUGUAAAUAUGAAAAGUAUGGGCAUCAUAGAGAUUUUUAUACUUGGUUAAACCAUAAAUGAUUACUUUUUCUCAGCAUGAAGGUAUAAAAGUUCAGACUUCUUUUUGUAACAUUAUCAAAACCUAUUAUUCUGAAAGUAUACAAAUAUGUAUAGAUUAAAACACCUAUUAUGAGUGGCAUUUUUCUUCAUAUUUACAUAAUAAAAAUAGUGUUUGUACUUAUUGUUAAUAUUGGUUUUAAUCACUAAAGACUGUUGAAUGGAUGCAAUAUUUUUAAUAAACUAAUAAUUGUUACAUAAUAUGAUUUAAUUUAUAUAGAUAUUUAAAACAGUUUUUAAGAUAUAAUUUUUAAUAAAUUGUAUUAACUAUGUGUUUUAAUAAACAUUUACCUUCAGUUACGAACCACUGCAAAUAUCAACGCUCGUAAAGAAGAACAUCGUAACUCGAAAAUUGCUGUUCUGCAGAAAACAUUCAAAUUUUAAGUUUUUUUUAUUAAUUACAAUACUGCAUAGUUGCCAGGCAUUCUGACUGGUCAAUGCCAAAUACAGAAGCAUUCCAUUGGAUGGGGUUGACAGAAUCUGCAUUCUGCAGGGGGCGCCAACAGGAAGAUGACACUAUCAAGCAUAUCCUCUACGGCUGCUCUAUGCUUUCAUUUAUUAGAAGAUUUGUAUUCGGCAAGUACCAGCUAACACUGGCCAAUAUAAGAGAAGCACUUCUUGGCGUUGUCAACUACAUUAAAUCUGUAGGCUGGCUCAGAAGCUAGGAUGUGCCUAUUAAUUUAGGAGGAUGCACAAUGGGCCUGGUGAGGUCUAAGUGCCUUAGGGUAACCCACAUGUUUCAGAUAGUUCUGAAGUAAUCAUAAUGAAUCAAGUAAAAAACAAUAUCUUCUGUCUACUUCAGAUGAUAUAGUAUAUUUGUAACAUAAUAAAAUGGUGAUCCAUGCAGAUUUCAAACAAGUUUAGUUAUGAUAAAAUUACCUAAUUUAAGUUAUUAAGUACAGAUCAUAAUUAUAGUUGCGAUAAUCUUUGGGCCACUUUUUUACACAGACGAGUAAAAUUAAUUUUUCCAUAAAAUCAGAAAGCCUCAAAAUUGUGCAAUUUAAUGGAAAGACCAGAUGUUUUUAAACUGAAAUAUAGUCUUACCUAAAAUUCAAUUAUGUAAAAAAUUGAUAUAGGAUGGUAUUAUUUGCGAGCGUCAAUAUAAUCAAUUUUUAUAAGUAUAUACAAAUUAGCUCCUAUAAUAAAGUAAUUAAAAAUUAUUGACUGUUCUCCUGCGAUCCCUGAUAAACUAUCUCUAAAGCAGUUGUUAUGGUGCGAACAUCUCCUUCGAUAGCUUUUGCCCAAUUUUCAACAUCACCUAACUCUUUUAAUGCACUACUGAACUGUUCCACUAAAUUUAGCCAUUGUUGGGUUUGCUUUGAAAAGUUGGUUGCGCUAAUAUGUAGUUGUUUGGCUUCUGCAUCUAGUUUCUUUUGAUUUAAGUAUGCUUGGGCAACACCAACAUUGAGAUGGUCCACUAAAGCCUGGGUUAGAUCAUUCGCUGCCGUACAGGCUUCUUUUCGUUUCACCUCUUGAAGUUCUUUUUUUAAUAUCUGUUUCGUCUGAUGUUCUUUUACCAUUGAAGCCAACAUUAUUUAUAUUUAGUUAGAAUAUUUUAUGAUAGUGUAAUACUCAAAGGUUUGUUCUGAUUCUCAAAAUGAAAACAGUUUUGAAACUACGCCGGACCGUGUGCCUAAAGUCAAAAAAAACCCGACUGUUGGAAAUUAUGGAAAACUACACAUAAAUGCGUUUUAUUUAUUGUUUAUUAAGUUCAACUUUGUUUGACAUAUAAUCACAGAUCACUUAACUUUCA